AUGCCCGUCUCCUCCUCCUCCUCCUCCUAAACCCACUUCACUCCCACUCCCCCCCGUUGGAAAAGUCAAAUCCCAUGGGCCCCUUCGACUCCUCCGCCGCCGCCGCCGCCGCCGCCGCGAGCAGCAGCUCCUCCUCGUCGUCGUCGCCGUCCGGGGGGUCGUCCUCCGCCCCCAAGCACCCGCCGGAUCUGGAUGGCCUCCUCGCCGGCGCCGGCUACAAGGUCCGCUCCUCGGAGCUCCACCACGUGGCGCAGCGGCUGGAGCGCCUGGAGACGGCCAUGGUCAACUCCGCCUCCCACAUCCCCCACCUCGCCUCCGACGCCGUCCACUACAACCCUUCCGAUCUCGUCUCCUGGCUCGACUUCAUUCUCUCCGAGCUCCCCAGCUCCUCCUCCCCCCUCCCCAGCUCCGGCUUCCCCGACCCGCCGUACCCGACGGCGUCCCUCCUCGGCUGCGGGUGGUUGGACCUCCCCUCCUGCGCGCCGCACCCGCACCCGCACCCGCACCAGCACCACCACCACCAGAGCGUCCUCGUCGUCCCCCAGCAGCAGCCGCAGCAGCAGCAGCAGCUGACGGUCGUGACGGCGCUGGAGGAGGACUCCGGCAUCCAGCUGGUCCACGCGCUGAUGACGUGCGCCGAGUCCGUCGAGCGCGGCGACUCCUCGUUGGCCGCCUCCCUGGUCGAGGAGAUGCAGGCCCUGCUCGCGCGCGUCAACACCUCGUGCGGCAUCGGGAAGGUCGCCGGCUACUUCAUCGACGCCCUCAGCCGCCGGCUCCUCGGCCUCGGCUCGGCGGCCCCCGCCGCCGCCUCGGCUUACGGGAACGAGGCGCUGCUGUACCACCACUUCUACGAGGCCUGCCCGUACCUCAAGUUCGCCCACUUCACGGCCAACCAGGCCAUCCUCGAGGCCUUCGACGGCCACGACUGCGUCCACGUCAUCGACUUCAACCUCAUGCACGGCCUGCAGUGGCCGGCCCUGAUCCAGGCCCUCGCCCUCCGCGCCGGCGGCCCGCCGAUGCUCCGGCUGACCGGCAUUGGCCCGCCCUCCCCCGACGGCCGCGACACCCUCCGGGAGAUCGGGCUCCGCCUCAUGGAGCUGGCCCGGUCGGUCAACGUCCGCUUCGCCUUCCGCGGCGUCGCGGCGUCGCGGCUCGAGGACGUGAAGCCGUGGAUGCUCCAGGUGAGGCCCGACGAGGAGGCGGUGGCGGUCAAUUCGAUCCUGCAGCUCCACAAGCUCCUCGGAUCCGACCCGCCCCGGGAGCCCCCGAUCGGGUCGGUCCUGCCCUGGAUCCGGGGCCUGAACCCGAAGAUAAUGACCGUGGUGGAGCAGGAGGCGAGCCACAACCAACCCGGGUUCCUGGACCGGUUCACCGAGGCGCUGUACUACUACUCGACCCUGUUCGACUCGCUCGAGGCGGCUUGCCCGGUCCAGCCGGACAAGGCCCUCGCCGAGCUGUACCUGCAGCGGGAGAUAUGCGACGUCGUGGGCCGCGAGGGGGCGGCCCGGGUCGAGCGCCACGAGCCGCUGGACAAGUGGAGGGCCCGGCUCGGUCGAGCCGGGUUCCGGCCGCUGCACCUCGGGUCCAACGCGUUCAAGCAGGCCAGCAUGCUGCUCACCCUGUUCUCCGCCGAGGGCUACAGCGUGGAGGAGGUCGACGGUUGCCUGACCCUCGGCUGGCACAGCCGGCCGCUCAUCGCCGCUUCGGCUUGGCAAGCCGCGCCUAGUGUAGUGAACUCGCCGCCGCCGCCGCCACCGCCACCUGGUGUUGUUAUUAACCACGAUGACAGUAAUAAUCAGCUGUAAAAUCUCCCCCCCUCCCCCCUUUUUUUUUUUUUUAACUUCAUAUUUCUUUCUUUGGGAUUUUCACCUUAUAUUUGUUAGCAACGAGGCAAAAAUUUUAGUUCAAGAGGCACCUAAUUCCUCCUCUUUCUUUCUAAACAUUGGGUCAUUUCAAUCUACAUCUAAUCUUAGCAACCACCACGGUGUUAAAUGAUCGCUUGGCCGCCUCUUUUCAGGUCACGCCACAUGCCGAUGUUAUCGAACAAAAUCACGUCGAUAAGUCCCAAUGACAUAUAGUGUGUUCGGGUUCGAUUUCGCCAUUUCAAGCCGUUUAUAUUCAAAUGACAAAUUUUGUACUGUCGAAACUUACUAAUGUUUUAGUAAUAUAAUUGAUGGUUUAUAGGUA